AUGUCACUCUACGGGCUCGUUUCUUUUGCUUAUAACUCACUUGGUCUUGGAAAUGGAGGCCCACAGCCGUCCAAGGCAAGGUCGAUUUAUGUUCCCGAUCUUUUUGCCGGUAUAUUGUCGGGAGAGCCCGAGAGAAACCCGUAUGAGGAAGAAGUCAGCGCUAAGUCUGAAGCAUGGACGAAAGAAUUGGUCAAGAUGGACGCGCGAACAGCCAAGAUAUUGACAAAGGCAAACUUCGCAUACUUGAUAAGUUUGUCUGCACCAAAGGCAGACGAGGAGGCUUUUCGCAUGGCGGUGGAUUGGUGCAUUUGGGCGUUUGUGUUUGAUGACCAGUUCGACGAAGGGGCCAUGAAAGACAAGACUAUUGAGGCCGCCAAGGAGAUGAUUGACAUGUUGGCAAUCAUGGAUGACACACAUCCUCCAGUCGACCCAAAGAAGCAUCCGCUACAAUAUAUGUUUCAAACCACUUGGCAUCGGUUACAAGAGAGAAACCCUUCACAAGGUCUCCAGCAGCGAUGGAAGUAUACUCACAAAAGGUGCCUAUAUGCUAUUCUCAAGCAAGUUGAUGUCACGCAAAGAAACCUCUUAGUCGCUAUCGACCUUGAUGAAUACAUAGAAACAAGAAGGCACUCCAUAGGCAGUUAUUGUUUAUUUUCCGUCGUGGAGUGGGCACAUGGAAUCAGGGCACCGCAGGAAGCGAUGCAACACCCGUCUGUACUUACGUGCGAACGCGCCGCCGCCGACCUCACAUGGCUUGUCAAUGAUGUCCUGUCAUACAAGAAAGAUCUGGCUUUCGGUGUUGAGCAUAACUUGAUCUGUCUGUUGAUGAAACAGGGCCACACCGAGCAAGAAGCCAUGAAUAAGACUGGUGAGCUCAUGGAAAACUGCCAGAGAGAUUGGGACGACGCCAUUGCAACCCUACCGUCCUGGGGCGAAGAGGUGGAUAAAGAGGUGCAAAGAUAUAUCGACGCCUGUGGCCAUGUUGCUCGGGCCAAUAUGCUUUGGAGCUUUAAGAGCGGUCGAUACUUGAAUGCGGCCGAAGGGAAAAAGGUGCGCGAAACGCGUAUCAUGGACCUUAAUUAG